CACGAACUUGUCUAUGAGAGAAGAGACCAUGUUUAAGAAAGCCUUCGAGCUUUCAACUCUGUGUGAUAUCGAAGUCUGUGUCAUAUAUUACGGUCGUGAUGGAGAACUCAUCAAGACAUGGCCGGAAGAUAAAUCUAAGGUUCGAGACAUGGCUGAGAGAUAUACCAAACUAAACGAGAGAGAGAGACGCAAGAAAAGCACAAACCUUUCUCUGUUGCUAAGGAAGAAGAUCCUCGACGACAAUAAGCUCUCGGAGAAAGUUUUAGAGAUGAAGAAUUCGUUAGAAAGUGGUCUACGGGUAUUACAAGACAAGCUUAAGUUACUCCAACCAGAGAACCUAGGUCAGAGCCGUGUGGUUUCUUCCACAACGAAUCCGUUAUCUUCUCCUGAGGAUCAUCAUCAACAAUGGACAGAACCAUUGGUGAAUGGUGUGUCAAACACAGAGCAAGAGCUAUCGACGUCAUCAUUGAGUCAACAUCAGAGCAAAAUUUCAGUCUUUCUAUAUAACCAUGACAAUGGUAGCUUCUAUCAAGUCCCUGACUCUGUUUCUAGCUUUGACCAAUCGACGAGUACGGCUUUACUUGGGGCACAAGGAACUGAUCUAAGAAGUAACAGCUGCAACAACUUUGAUCUUCCCAUGGUGUUUCCUCCUCAGAUGCAGACACAAACCCCACUUGUCCACUUUGAGCAGUUUGCACCAUGGAAUCAAGCACCUUCGUUUGCAGAUCCAAUGAUGUUCUCUUAUAAUUAGGUCUUGUUGUUCCAAGAUCUGAUUCUUUGACUUGGUCCACGUUUUAUUACGUUCUAAUAUGUAAUCUGAUUCUUUGACUUGGUCCACGUUUUAUUACGUUCUAAUAUGUAUUCUCACUUAAGAUUAUGUGUUUAACUGUUUCUUCUCGUACCUGAUUAAGAGUUUGUAAGAAAUCCAUUGAAUUGUA